GAUUUGGUGAGAGCGGAAUCUUUCUUUUCUUUAUACUCCUAUAUGAGUAGCUGACAUUCACUGGCACUAAUGUCCCGGACAAACAUUCCAAAGAGAAAACAGGAGAAAGAGAAGCCAUGGGAGGAAGGGGUGGCGACCCCCAAACAGGGCCGCUGCUGGAGAAGCUCCCGGAGUCCUCUCGCAGUUCAUCCGAGGAGCAUCCGGUCAAAAGAACCGGCACGGUAUGGACGGCGUCCGCGCACAUCAUCACGGCGGUGGUCGGCUCCGGCGUGCUGUCGCUGGCGUGGAGCGUGGCCCAACUCGGCUGGGUCAGCGGGCCGACGGCCAUCGUGUUCUUCGCGGGGGUCACCGUGGUGCAGUCCUCCCUGCUCGCCGAAUGCUACAUUUCUCGAGGAGAUCCGGAGCGUGGCAGCGGCGUCAGGAACAAGUCUUACAUGGACGCCGUGAAGUUUUACCUAGGUGAGAAGAGACAGAUGUUGAGCGGAUUUUUCCUUAGCAUCAGCCUGUUUGGGAGUGGCGUGGUGUACACUCUCACCACAGCCACUAGUAUGAGGGCGAUUCAUGAAGCGAAUCGCUACGGCCGGGAAGGCCGAGGCGCACCGUUCUCCACCGCCGCCGCCGGGGGCUCAGACGUCUACUACAUGCUCCUGUUCGGCCUCGCGCAGGCAGUGCUGUCGCAGAUACCGGACUUCCACAACAUGGCUUGGCUCUCCGUCUUCGCCGCAGUCAUGUCCUUCUUCUACUCCUUCGUCGGCUUCGGCCUCGGCGCCGCCAAGGUGAUCGAGAAUGGGGUGAUCAUGGGGGGAAUCGGAGGCAUUCCCCUGGUAUCCCCGAUGCAGAAGGUGUGGCGCGUCGCACAGUCCCUAGGCGACAUCGCCUUCGCCUACCCUUACACCUUGGUGCUGCUGGAAAUAGAGGACACGCUGAGGUCGCCGCCGGCGGAGAGCAAGACGAUGAAGAAGGCUUCGAGGGCCAGCAUCGCGAUCACCACCUUCUUCUACCUCGGCUGCGGGUGCUUCGGCUACGCGGCGUUCGGCGACGGCACGCCGGGGAACCUCCUCACCGGCUUCGGCGAGCCCUACUGGCUCAUCGACCUCGCCAACCUCUCCGUCGUCCUCCACCUCCUCGGCGGCUACCAGCUGUACAGCCAGCCGGCGUUCGCGCUCGUGGAACGACGCUUCGGAGCCGAGGCCUGGGCCGUCGAGGUGGAGCUGCCGCUGCUCCGCUGGCGGCGCAGCGUCAACGUGUUCAGGCUGUGCUUCCGUACGGCGUACGUUGUGGCCGUGACGGCGAUGGCCGUGUGGUACCCCUACUUCAACCAGGUGGUGGGGCUCAUCGGCGCCUUCACCUUCUGGCCGCUGGACAUCCACUUCCCCGUCGAGAUGUACCUUGCGCAGAACAAGGUGGCGCCGUGGACGACGCGGUGGCUCGCCAUUCAGGCCUUCCGCGCCACCUGCCUGCUCGUCGCCGCCUUCGCCUCGGUUGGCUCCGCCGUGGGGGUGUUCGGCCCCAACAAAGGCUAGCUAGUAGCCUAGUACAUAUGCGGUUCGAUCACUUGACUUUCUUCAGGUGGCAACUCUGGCAACCCUGAUUUUUGCGUAGCUACGAAUGUGUUAAUUUGUUUU